AUGGUUGCUUCUUGUUCGGCUGCUGCUAUCCCUCUUGAAGAAAAGUACGAUGUGUUUCUUAGUUUCAGUGGCGUUGACACCCGCAAUAUCUUUACCAGCCAUCUUCAUGCUGCUUUACUUCGGAAGAAAAUUGUGACCUACAUAGAUUAUAAACUUGAGAGAGGAAACGAAAUUGGACCUGCCCUUCUUGAAGCAAUCGAAAAAUCCAAGCUUACGGUGAUCAUUUUCUCGAAGAACUACGCUUCUUCCACAUGGUGUUUGAAUGAGCUUUUGCAUAUACUGGGAUGCAUGGAAAAAUAUGGACACAUUGUUAUGCCGAUCUUUUACGGCAUCGAUCCAUCCAUCAGAUGUAUUUGGGGCAUGCCUGGUAUUCGCAAGAACUUGGUACGCUGA